GACCGUCCGUCAGUUUGAAACUGACAGUUCGGGAUUAGUGUUUUGUAAUUUGUUGUGCAAAUGGAAAAUUCAAGUCUACCAUUACGAGGAAAAUAAAUUAUAAUAUAAAAUUAUACUCAAUCAUAGUAAAAUAACAGAUAAGCAGUUAAUAUAAUAUGGAAAUAUGUGUUAAAUUUUCAACUGCUGGUUUAAAAAUUGUCAGUUUGAUCUGAAUGGUUUAAAAUCGAUGGUGUAUGUUUAUAAAAAUUUCAGUGUCCAGUUUCCACAAUACGGUUAAAUGAAGAUGUCACUUGGCAAGACCAAACGAUGGUAUCGCUCGAAGAGGAAUCAAAUCAUUAUAGUCAUGAUCAUCAUAUUCUCUGUUCUCUACUACAUCUCAAUGAAUACUCCAUACAGAGAACCAUACUUAGAUGUCACAAGAAGAAUAAUAACACUUAAUAAAUCUAAUGCUGGUACUGCACACUCUAUGGGAAAUAAGAUGGGUGAAGUUUUACAAUCUCCUAAUGUUAACAAAAGAGGUUCAGUGAUUGAGUAUAUAGAAAAGCGUUUGGAAAUGGCUCUCAAACAAGACAAAGGAACAGGCUGUGAUAUACCAAAGUUAGAUCCCUUUGCCAAAGAGGUCGCUCAGUUUGAGAAGCCAGUGCCCAAAGUCGUGUGCUACGGUAAAGAUUGGGUUAAAUGUUAUCACUCAACAUGCAGGGUGGUACCAGAAAUUUUGAACAGUACAAAAGAUAUAGUAUGUUCGUACAGUGAUAUAGUGUAUAUAAAUGACUUUAAACGUAUAGUGGAACCGCAUUUUGAUAUAUAUGGAGGUGACGUUUACGAAUUGGAUAGAAGUGACCAUGUCAAAGUAGUGUGUUCAGGAAAACAUAUAGACAGUGUUCUCCCAUCAAAAUGGAUAGGCUAUACUCUAGGGUUCCGUAAAUCUGUGCAUCCAAAGGCUUCCAAACCAGCGGAACCUAUAAAUGUGUUAAUAAUAGGUUUCGACUCAACCUCCAAAAACGGUUUUAUUAGAAGAAUGCCCAAAAGUUACAAAGUUCUUACCGAGAUAUUGGGUGCUACAGUGUUGAAUGGUUACAAUAUAGUAGGAGAUGGAACCCCGGCUGCCUUGUUCCCCAUACUGACGGGCCAGACAGAGUUGGAACUUCCAGAUGUUAGAAGGAAGACUUCUAACAACGGGACUUUAGAUGCUUCAAUAUUUAUGUUUGACAAGUUGAAGGAAUAUGGUUACCGCACCGCGUAUUUCGAAGACAUGCCAGCGAUAGGCACGUUCCAGUACCGGUUCAACGGGUUCAACCACCAGCCGGCCGACCACUACCUGCGCGCGUUCUACCUGGAGGAGUCCGCCAACGGGCAGAAGUGGCACAACAAGAAGACGAAGUACUGCGUCGGUGACCGGCCGCAGUACAAACUUAUGCUUAACAUUACUGACCAAUUCUUAAACCUCGACGCCAAGAAGUUUUGUUUCACAUUCAUUGCGGAUAUAACUCACGAUGACUUCAAUAUGAUCUCCACGGCCGAUGAUGACUUUGCUGAGUUCCUUAUGGACUUUCAGAGACAAUCGAGAGAAGAGGACACUCUUCUAUUCGUCAUGGGCGAUCAUGGUCCAAGGUACGCCAACGUACGUGACACUUUCCAAGGUAAACUCGAGGAGCGUCUACCUCUGAUGGCGGUACGUUUGCCCGACGCCUUCGUUAAGAGCAACCCGAGCGCGCAGGAGAGUCUGCUGAAGAACGCCGAGGUGCUGACCACGCCCCACGACAUAUACGCCACAGUUGCUGACGUGUUGAACUUGAGACAUUUCUGGAACAAUUACAAAAUCAAGGGCGCUGACUUGACUAGAGGCCUGACUUUGUUGGAACCGAUACCAAAGAACAGGUCCUGCAGCGAGGCGGGCAUCGAGCCCCACUGGUGUUCGUGUCUGUCGUGGGAGAACGUGUCCACAUCUGACCCGCUGUACCAGAAGAGUGCCAACGCGUUCGUUGACUUCAUCAACUCGCUCACAGAAACUGUCCGGACCAAAUGCGUGCCUCGUACGCUGACUUCGGUCGCUUGGGUGAUGCGGCAAAGGGCUAACACUGGUGUUCUGACCUUCGUGGGGGCGAAAGAUGCCGACGGAUACGUGGGGAAGUUUGGACGAAAGGUCCAACCGUUGACUGAAAACUAUCAAGUUAAGCUAACAGUAGGGCCCGGGCGGGGGGUGUACGAAGCGUCCAUGACGUAUGUCGUCAAAGAAGACCGCUUCCAACUCGACACUAGAGACAUCUCUAGGACAAAUGCUUACAACGACGAACCUCACUGCAUCAGCGCAUCCCUUCCAUCCCUCAACAUGUACUGUUAUUGCAACGACUGAUGAGAAAUACUCAAUCAAUUGUAUAGUAUAUACACUAGAACUAGAACACUAAUCUCGGUAACUGUGAUGUCUCAGUAAAGUAGUACUUACAGUACUUAGUGCAGGUCCACUAAAUUAGAUUUAUAUUAAAAGUGUUGUGCUUGGAAUACGAUGUUUGAUUUGCUUUAGAGAUGUUCUAUUAGUCUCAUUAGAAACGACCUUCACCUAUCUGUUCAUUGGCUUUGGAUCAACUACUGUUGGAGUCAUGUAGGGUACCACGAUAUAUCUCGAAAUGAAAUAAAGACAAAUUUCAUCCAAUAGUGGCGAAAAUAUCGUUUUUAUUCACAUCGCAACGAAAGAGCGAUAGCUUUCCGAUUUCGCUUUUUGUUUAUGGAAUGUGUUGAGACGAAUAAGGAUGAAAGGUUUUAUGUUAAACUAGCGGACACCCGCGACUUCGUCCGCGUGGAAGUCAAUGUAAACUUUCAACCCCUAUUUCAUCACUUUAGGGGUUGAAUUUUAAAAAUUCUUGAAUAACGUUAUAUUUCUUAUUUUUUAUGAUUUAUGAACAAAUUUUUUAAACUGUAACUCUAAAAUUAAGGACUUUCCAUACAAACUUUUCAACCCCUAUUUAUUAUCUCUUUGGGGGGGGAGGAGGGGAGGGGGGGGGGGAGGGGGGGGGAUUGAUCAAAUACUUUAUUAGCGGUUGCGUCAUAACAUCUACCUGCAUGCCAAAUUUCAGCCCGAUCCGUCGAGUGGUUUUGGCUGUGGGCUAAUAGAUCACUAUGUAAGUCAGUCACCUUUGAGUUGUAUAUAUUCAGAAUUAGUAAGUUAAAAAAUAUAUUAUAACUAGGUUACCAAAAAAACUCCUGGCCAAAGAAUUUUUGACCAUUAUUACUAAUGAUAGUUUGGUCCGUAAGCUUAAAGGUUUUUUUUUAAUCUUUACAAGUUAGCCCUUGACUACAAUCUCACCUGAUGGUAAGUGAUGAUGUAGUCUUAGAUGGAAGCGGGCUAACUUGUUAGGAGGAGGAUGAAAAUCCACACCCCUUUCGGCUUCUACACGGCAUCGUACCGGAACACGAAAUCGCUUGGCGGUACGUCUUUGCCGGUAGGGUGGUAACUAGCCACGACCGAAGCCGCUCACCAGCCAAAAUUUGCGCCACGAGUUCUCGUCAAGACGUUAUAAUUGUUAUCAAUAGCGACGAAUCGAAAAUAUUUCAUAUGUUGUUGGUUGACAAUGUGUCUUUUUCUCUUCAUGUAAUAAUAUGUUAUAUUUUACUUUAAGACAACAUUCGCGCAAUAUAAUUUUUAAUACACUAUUUAUCCAAUAAACAGAUGGGUGAAGGUUCUUCUUAAUUCGCAUCUUCUGCUGACAUAUUUUAUCGAUGAUGAAAUAUUAAGGUUUAGUUGUAGCGAUGAGGCUUAAUAUUUAUGCCAAAGGUUGACGAGCCCAAGCAGCACAAUGUUUUUUUUUUCUUUAUUUUUUUUGAAAAUUUUGUAUGUUUGAAAUUCAUUUAUUCAAUAGAACGAGUGAAUUUUUAACAUUCAAAUACUAGCCAAUUAUUGAGUUUGGAAUGUGUUGGCUUUGGCCGAUUUAAUGGGUCCAGACUGUCACCAUAUUUUUUUUUCUUUACAAGUUAGCCCUUGGCCACAACAUCACCUGAUAGUAAGUGAUGAUGCAAUCUAAGAUAGACACAGGUUAACUUGUUAGGAAUAGGAUCAAAAUCCACACCUACAGGAGUGUGGUUUCUAUACGACAUUGUACCGGAACGGUUAAUCGCUAGGCGGCACGUCUUUGCCAGUAGGGUGGUAACUAGCUAAGGCCGAAGCCUUCCACCAUACAUACAUAUAAGUGUGAAUUGUAUUUUUUUAAUUUUCCCUCUACACAUAUGAGAAAUCAUUUUAACAAGUUAAGAUUAGUGGAGAUAUUAUUCCUCAUGAUACCCCAUAGAAAUUACCAACAAAUUACGUUUUAUACUUGGCCAAAGGAACCUUCCAAAACAACCACAUUACAAACUCCAUAAUUAGCUACUUAUGUAGGAGCAGUGGCGGGAACUUCAUAGAUACAAAAAUGCACUGCCUAACCUGAGGGAAAGAAAUUUUCUUAUUAUUGGAGAAAGAAUUUUCCAUUUUGUACAAUUUGUAUUUCUAAUGGUACCCUAGUUAAAAACUUUGUGCUCGCCACUGGUUAGGAGCAUGGAUUGACAAACUGACUAUCGUAGGCUCCAUCGAUAAUAAUUCGAUUAGCUAUGUAGCGUUAGGAUCGAUUAAUGAAUAGAAGCAGGCGUUGCAAUCCAGAAGUUCAUUAUGAAUAGGCAAUUAUUGUUACAUUUUGCUUCUCUCUACUUUUCAAUCUGAUAGCGGAGAAUUGCAAAUGCAAUUAUUAUUUGGUAAAUUAUUUUUUGCUUUUUUUCAUAAUACUGAAUGUGUAUUAUAUAUUUAUUUUUAAUAUUAAUUUGAAUACUUAAUUAUUCUAAUAAAUGUGAUAAUAGUUUGUUCACGAUUUAACAGAUGGACCGAUCUUGAUGAAAUAAUCUUCAAAGAUAGAAUUUUUUUGUUUAGCAUUAUUUAGCAUAUUAUUAUUACAAUAGUAAUAGCCAAACAAAAAAUAUGCUAAAUAAAUAAAUUCACGGAUGUCCACUGGUAAUAUUGAAAUACGAGUAUCUCAGACAAUAUACUCGUAGGUACCUGUUGAAAAUAUUUUUUACCUUGGUUUGUCUUUUCACUUUUUUAAUAAUUGAAAAAAUAAAAAAUAUGCGUAGCUUGCAACAAAAUACAGGCUUAAUUUCAUUUAGGUCGAUAGUCAAUGGAUAGUCAGAGAGACAAUGGAUAAAAUAUAAAUGAAUUCAAACUACGCGAACAAAGUUCCCUAUUUUAAAUUAAAUUUUAUUUAUUUUUGUCGUGUUUUGAUUUGUUACUGUUUUGUUAAUGUUUUUUGUUGUUGAAAAUAAAUUAUGUAAAUUGUGUAUUAAUAUUAUUAUAUUUAGUAGAAUUCGCUUAGGUAAAAGAACAAGGUUUUUCUUUCUAUGUGAUGAAGUAAAGUAAUAAAUCUGAAGAUUUUUCGGAUGAAAUUCUUUUUAAUUUCGUAUAGUGCUUGAAAUAAGUGUCCUAAAUAUAUCGAUAUUGAUUGAUAAAAGUUAUAAGGAUAAGGAUUUCAUAGAAAAAUAAUUAAAAAAAUACUUAUUUUUAAAUUUUUUCAAACGUCAAAAACGCUGUCGUCUAUUUUGUGACGUCACGAUGUUACUUGAUGUCAUUAGAGGAAUAAACGUCAAACUAAUUAAUAACAUAUAAUUUUGUUAAACACUCCAAACAAGGUUUAGAGUUAACGCGACUUCAUGAAACAGUUAAAAUAUCAUGACCGACAGCGUUUGUCAAAAAUGUAUUUUAAAUUUUUAUGUAUUCAUGUCUCAAAAAAAUAUGAUGUAUUUUUUUUAAUCUACUUGAACGAUAAUGAACAAUUGAAGACCAUUUUUAAAAAAGUGUCAACUAACUUGUUGAUAAUCCUUUAAUGUUACAAGACUUAACAUUUUUUUUUAUACUUUAAAGUGUAUCUCAUCAUACAUGACAUUUUUAUUAUACAUAUGUAAUUAAAAAUUGACUAUAAUAAAUUUACCGUAAUGUCUAGUCAAAUAUAUUAUUAUUUAUUAUUAUGUGUCUGUAUUGGAAAGUGUACUUUUUUUCAAGAAAUAAGUUAUUAUUGUUUCACAAACAGCUAAAAUCUUUAGACAGCUAAAGGGUAGAUAUUUUUCCUUGUAUUUCUUAUUGGUAUGUAUUAUUAUUACUCGUAACAAUAUUUUGUUAGUUUUUAAUCUGUGUAAGUUAACAAAAUUUUUUUUUUUUUUUAAUAUAAUAAAAUUUUGUUAACUUACACAGAUUAAACUUCUUUUAGUUAUUAAAACUAGUGUAAAAACCAGUGGCGUAGCGUGCCUUAAGGGGGCCCAGUAUCAAAAUUAGUGGGGUUGCCCAUACGAAGGGUAAAGAUUUCAUUCUUACUUUAUUCACACAAGAAAUGUCAUGUGACUUUAUUCACAAAAGUGAAAACUUUAUAGGCAGAUUAAAUUUUACUAAUUUGGAUUGUGGAUAACAUUUUACUAAUUUUUGCUUUCACACGUAAUGGGCCCCUGCAGUCCGGGGGCCCCGUAUCAUUGAUACAGCUGUUACGGCAGUAGCUUCGCUCCUGGUAAAAUCCACAAGAAGUUUAGUAAUUGUGAAACUAUGCUAUUGGUCACUUCGAAAAGUGAUGUAAUUUUCCACGUUACACAAAUUCAGGCGACCAAUAGGGAAGUGUCCUUUGACAUUUGUGACGUCAUAGUCCAUGGGCGCAUAGCACGUUGAAAUGGCGGCGUUUAAUAAUGGUUAAAAUGUGUCAAAUAUUUCAAGAGUUUAUUUUGUACAAUAUAAUGGUUUAUCUCGGGAUAUUAUUUCAUUAUAGUUUGUUAUGUCAGAACAUAUAAAAAAGUAUAAACAUAUUCUCUUUUGUUUGUUUCUCCUGUUGGAUUAUCGGUUGCCUAUAAUUGCUCUGUUGGCGAAUUUUUCGAUAUAAAAAAAAUUACUUAUACUAAAAAAAAGCGUAAUUAUGUUACUCUGUUCCAAAUAUAAGAGUGGUAUUUACAAAAAUUACAUAAAAUUAAUUGAAAAAUUCGCUUGUAGAUCUAUAAAUAGAGGUGUGAUUUUAUAAAACUACGGAACUUCAAAAAUGUUAUACAUAUCUAUAAUAAUAUGUAAAAAAUAUAUUGCUGCAGGUAGUGACAAAUUAUGUUUUUUUUUAAUUAGGCAUGUAAAAUUGAGCGUAUCUUAUCAUGAACUGGUGUGAACGGGUUAGUCACGCGGUACAAGACUUGUUCGUGUUAUAUCAUUAAAAUUUUGUCGAUAACAUUAUCGAUAGAAGUGUUACACAUCACUAGUUAUUGCCAUGAACCUAAGGCGGCCAGUCCACCGAAGCGGAGGGAGGCAGCGGAGCCGAGAAACGAAGCUGAGAAAAAAUUCAUAUAAAAAUGGUAAGCGGAGCUGGGAAACGGAGCAGGGAAUCACGUCUGCAACUCGGCUUCACGUUACAUUCUCACUCCGCUCCGGUGGACAGACACCGUACGACACUCCGUCAGUUUCUCCGCUCCGCUGCCUCACUCCGCUUUAGUGGACAGGCAGCCUUAUUGUACGAGCGAGCACGCUACAUAGUCCGCUCUUCUCAUACUAUUUAUAGUAGCGCUUGCGGCGCGAUUUUGUCCAAACCAUAAUUUAAUUAAAUAUAUAGGUAAAAGUAGAUAAUAAAAUGUCUUAAAACCA